AUGGAAGCAGGAGUUGGCGGAGAUUGGGACGCGCUCGAGCUUCAACAGGACUACAGCAUCGAGGACAUCGCACUCGAAGCGCUCGUCGACGACUGGGACCACCUAGUGCACGCAGAUCCCACCCUCGACGACGCUGACGACGAGCAACACAGCGCUGAUGACGAGCAUCCCGACGCCAGUGACAGCAGUCUACCAGGCGGUGCAGUUUGCGGCGAAGUGACCAUGCAUCGAGGAGGCGCUGUGGACGUGUAUCUCGGGGAUGCUGGUGGUGUGCGUCUCAACAGUACCACUGACGUGCAGCACACCACCAUGCAAUGUGGCGCGGCCGACGCGCAAGCGCAGCUCGGUCCAUCACAGCCCCGCGAUGUUGCAGGAGAGCACGGCGUGCAGCCGGCUCCGCCUACCGCAAGCAGAAUGGGUGGAUCAAGCCGUACGCAGUCGCUGCUGCACGUCAGAAGCACUUACAUUGCCAACAGCGUACGAUAUGCGGAUAGCACGGUUGCGGUGCCUCUUUCUCGCCAGCUUGCCCUGCAGACGCUUUCCUGCCUCCUCGAGCUCGCCACCAUAGCGCAGCCAGUCGCACUCCGGUGCGCCGCACCAGCCGCACAUGCUCUCGACGCUCUCAACGCGCUCGACGCUCUCGACGUCCUCCAUGACGCUCUCUACGCUCUCGAAGCUCUCGACGUCCUCCAUGUUAAGAACACGAGGGGAAAUCAAAUUUGA